AUGCAGCAGGCAGUGGAUUAUCUCUCGAAAAUGAGGCCCCAGCUGAGCUCUUUGUUGGCUAAUUAUAACUUGACCUGCCACUCAAUUGGAACCUCUGAGGACUCGAACAAACUCAGGCACCGAUUGAUUCAACAGAGAGGUGCUUUGAUGACUGCGUUGACAACUAUCCAGGCGAACGUUAUGGUAGUCAUAGAAGCACAGAAAAGGACGCCUUCAAGUGACAGUGCUUUGAUUGAGCUCUGCUCGUAUUAUGUUGCUUUCAUGGACUUUGCCUUGCACAGCUUCAGACGGAUACAGCGUCUCAUGACGGCAUUUCCGGAUGUUCCAGAGAUAGCAAAGAAGGUUGAUGAAACUCGCCGAAUUGGGCAGGGAAUUCCCGAUCAACAGGCAGCCACAGUAGACCAGGUCAACGUCAGUGAAAAGGAGCGCGUCGACUUAGUCACCGACAUUACGACCAUAAAACUACUUAGAAACACAGUAAAAGUAGGUUCACCUCCUUGUAAUCUCCUUCGUAAUCGUCUGCAGUCGGGACACCAGAGUGUACCCACGGUUCCACGACUCGCCCUUGUCGUGCAAGCUUUGAUCUCCAAGCGCCGAGAGCUGGCCUGCCGCCCAAGAAGCGCCCAAUCCGAAACCGGACGCCAAACUGACAUCCCAGACGAUACAACUCAAGCAGCUGAUACUUACGGAAACUUGACAAAAUCUGCUUGGCUUUCAAUUGGAACUAAGUGGCUCUUUGCGUUGAUGAUAACCAUAGCGAUUACGCUGCUGUUAUCCUUGUUAUUUGUGAUGUUCUGCCCAAUUUUACUUGCGAUACUUUUGCCUCUUGCAUUUGCUGGUGAUGUUCUACAACUCACUACAAGUACUAAAGAUGAGUUGUCGAAACAUCCUAUUGCAUUGGUAAAGUACUACGCACCAUGGUGUGGUCAUUGUAAAGCACUUGCGCCGGAUUAUGAGAAGGCCGCAACAGAACUCAAGAGCAACACACCACCUGUUCCACUUUUUGAAGUCAAUUGUGAUGAGGAAUCUGAUAUGUGCAAGGAGGCAAAUGUGGGUGGUUACCCAACUCUGAAAGUGUAUGAGCAUGGCGAGUUUGUCGAGGACUUUACUGGCGACCGUUCGGAAGGUGCAAUCGUUAGUUUCAUGGCCUCACGUGCCGGGCCGCCAGCCCAGGAGAUAACCGAAAAGGCUGAGUACGAAAAACUUUCUGAGGGUGCUGGUAUUUUCAUUACCCUCCAGACUGAGGAAACCAGUGUCAAAGAAGAAUUCCUCAAGGCAGCGAAAAAGUUGCGAAACUUUUUCAAGUUUUAUUACACAAAACAGAAACUUCUGGAUGCCUCUAAAGAUACGCUGAUUAAACUUUCUCGGCCAAAGCAACUUGAAACAAAAUUGGAAGAAAACUUUAAAAUUUAUGAAGGUCCCUUCAAGGCUGCUGAAAUUGAACAGUGGAUCAGAGGAAACGCUGUUGGCCUUGUCGGCAUUCGCGAUAGGACGACAGAGGAAUUCUUCAAAAAACCCCUUUUGGUUUUAUACACAGCAGUUAAUUUUGAGCGUAAUCCGUCAAACAUUCGUUACUACAGAAAUCGAAUGAUAAUGGCUGCCAAAGAAUCUAAAACUAAUGUACAGUUCGGACUUUCGGAUAUCCAGCUUUACUAUGGGGAGCUCAGUGACAUGGGCGUUUCAGUUGAACCGGAUAGUCCAAAAGCAGUAAUUAUGGCUGAAGAUGGAAAAGUUUAUGUGAUGGAAGACAAGUUUGGCGUAUCUGAGUUGAAGAAAUUUGUUAAUGAUUUCGCCGCAGGCUCCCUUACACCAUUUAUCAAGUCUGAACCGAUUCCAGAAAAGCAGGAAGGUCCUGUUACAAAAGUUGUUGGGAAGAACUUUGAAGAUAUUGUCCUUGACAAAUCAAAAGAUGUGCUUGUUGAGUUUUAUGCUCCUUGGUGUGGACACUGCAAAGCCUUAAAACCCAAAUAUGAGGAGCUUGCCAAGAAGUUGUCCAAAGAAAGUGAUGUUGUUAUUGCUGCCAUCGAUGCAACCGCAAAUACUUUCCCGCCCACCUUUAGUGUUCAUGGAUUUCCUACCAUCUACUGGGUUCCCAAAAAUGCCAAAACCAAUCCCACUAAAUACGAGGGUGGACGCGAUGUCGAAGACAUGCUGAAAUUCGUUGCAAAAUCGGCCACCAAUGAGCUGACCCAUUACACUCGUGAAGGGCAGCUGAAGCAGGAAGAAUUGUAA